UCUUCGUUAGGUCUGUCGACAUUGCAAUAUGUAAAUCUCAAUUCUUCAAGAAAUCUGUUCAUCUUGGGUCUGUCCAUGUUCUUUCCUCUGGUUCUAUCAAAAUGGUUGAUCAAAUAUCCAGACAUAAUACAAACAGGAAGCGCUACAGUAGAUGGUGUACUCACUGUAUUACUUAGCACUACUAUUCUAGUCGGUGGUGCAUUAGGGUGCUUUUUGGAUAAUAUCAUCCCAGGUAACGCAAAAGAACGUGGAUUGGAGGAUUGGGCAAAGGAAAUGGAAUUGAUAGAUCCCACGAUUGAUAAAAAAACUAACGAAAUGUCUAAUGUUGAAUAUGUCUGGAACACUUUUGAUUUUCCGUUUGGAAUGAAUUUGUUGACAAGAUGGAAAUGGACAUCUUAUGUGCCAUUUUUACCCACAUAUAAAAGAUUAUAAAUUUUAGACAGUACAUAAAAGCCAAAAGACAUUUUAAAGAUGUUUUAAGAACGAUAAGAUGUCUUUAAAUUGUUUUUUUAAAUGUCUUAAAAAUGUUUUGGAAUGUACUGCUUUAAGAAUGCCUUUUUAUCUGAUUGUAAUUGAAAAUAUGUAAUACAAAGGAAAGAUAAGUAACCAUAGUAGAUGUUUUCUAAUUAGGACAUGUUAAAUUUCAUUGUGGUACUCCAUGUAAAAUUUUUAUUAGAAUGAUUAGCAUAGAUUUAAUUUCUGUAAAUUUCAAUAGAAAACACACAUUAUGA